AUGCUUCAACUUGAUCCGCAGCUGAUCGAAGCGAUCCUACUUCCACUUUCAAUCCAGGAUAUAAUCUCAUGUUCUCUCACCAAUCGACAACUUCAUGAUACCAUAAGAGAAACACCCAGUAUACAAUUGAAGCUCUAUCAAAAACUGUAUCAAGUACCAAUUGAUGAAAACGACUCUCUGCAUUGCAAUCCAUCGAAACGGGUUAAGGAUUUAGUAGAAAGAGAGAGAAAUAUACUUUCAUUGACACCUAGAAUAACGAGAUUUCCGUUGAAACGAAAUCAUCUUAUCCAUUCUGUUCAAGGUGAUUACAUCGUUUCAUACCCUUCAUCCCUAUCACCAUCGCCCUAUCUUAAAUCACAAGAUAGGCUUAGAUUUGAAGUUUGUACCAUCUACGAUAACAGUAGAAGUAGUCGACAUCUAACUAUCACUGUUGAUUUCGAACCUGAUUUACAAACUCUUACUGUCGAUGUACAGAAAGAUAUUGUUAUAGUAUGUAGUCUUGAUGGCUACAUACAUCCUCUUCAUAUUCACACCAAUAAUGGAUUCACGGAAGAGUACGUUGGAGGCGGAAUACCUAUACCUGAUCAAGACUGGAAAGAGGGUAUCAACGUUAAGAUCAGCUUAAUUGCCGAUGAUAGAGUUGUGGUGGGUUUGGGUGGGAAAUGGUGGAUUUUUAAUUGGAAAACUGGGGAUAAUCUCGGACGAUUCCCUCCUCAGAAAACAUGGGAAAGUAUCUCUGGUUCACUUGUUUCUCAUACGGGCUUAUUGAUCGGUCUGGAUUUAUCAAGAUUACCUUGGAUAGCUAAUAACAAUCCCAUUGGCGCAUACCUUGCAAUCUUCAAUAUCUCAAAUCGACCUUUACCUCCCUAUUUACCUGAAUUACUACUUUGGCUUCCAUACAAUUCAUACGAUUUAUCCAAGAUCAUUCGAAAAGCAGGAAACAUACCUAAAAAAAUUAAGAUCGUUGUAUCUCGUGAACAUCUUCCUAUCCUUCAACAAAGUUCAGAUCCUUCUUUUAUCAGAAUCACCUACCCAUUCAAGCUGAUUCCUGGACAUACUCAACAAGAACUUAGUAUCGUCAUCCCAAUCAAAUCAUUAGGGAUUAUCAAGAUUGAAUCUAGGAUUAAACAAAGCCCAAAAGGAAGAACAUGGAGAAGAACCACUAAUCCGUUCGACGGAGUUGAUAGUAUUCCAUUUCAAAGAUGGGCACAUCGUGCUCAUUUCUUCAUUGACACCAUUCCAAAAUCAAGAUCAGGUCAGAAAAGUCAAUUAACGGAAGGAUAUCAAAACACGUCACAAGUCGGGUCAAGAUUAUUCAAAUUUGAUUCCAAUGAUAAAGACAUGAAACAGAUAGGUAUGUUGAAAUUGGAUAUUCAAGAUUUUGAUCACCGUCAAGUUGAAGUGUGGGGGAAACAAUACGGAGCUUUGAAAGGACUGCAAUUGGAUUUAGCUCCUAACAAUGGAGAUAGACCAAAGAAGCCCAGAUCAGACCCACUGAAUUACUCCUUCAGUAGUCUUCCCGCCACACCUUACCGUUCUAGUUCCAUGGUAAGUUCCGGUAGAUUCCCGUUAGGUUUACCGGGAGAACCGCAAAGGUUGAUUGGAGAUAGUCAGAAAUUGGUUUUUCAACACGAAGGAAAUGAGAAAGUCUGGAUACUCAACUUUGCGUCUUAG